AUGCCCUGCUCUUCCCAAUUAAUUUCUAAUGGAGAUACUUUAAUUACAAAUAAUACUUCUGUUAAUAAGAUUAAAAUCCUUUAUCAUUUAGGGAUUACUUCGGAAAAUACUAAUUUUUCUGCAGAAUAUGGAGAUGUUAAGUUUGUCUGUUUGGGAGGAAGUUACACAAGAAUUCGUAAUUAUGCAAAACAAUUCUCACAACUUUAUGGAUAUCAGGCUAGCAAUAAUUUAUGUAAAACAGAUAGAUAUGAAAUGUACAAAACUGGACCAGUUCUGUGGGCAAAUCACGGAAUAGGCGGCCCUUCUCUUUCAAUUAUACUUGAUGAAAUACUCCAAAUGCUUUUAUGUGCGGGCGCUACAAAUUUUGAAAUGUUUCGACUUGGAACUAGUGGAGGAAUUGGGGUGCAGCCCGGGACUGUUAUUGUAUCAAACGGAGCAAUUAAUACAGCUUUGGAGCCAUAUAGAUAUCAAUGGAUUGGAGGAGAGUUGGUCAAACGCCCUGCCAUUUUGGAUCAACAAUUAUGCGAUCAACUUUACCUCAUUGCUCAACAACAAAAAGUUCCAGUAGUAAAAGGAGUAACCCUUUGUGCUGAUGAUUUUUACGAAAGCCAAUAUCGAGGAGAGGAUGGCUAUUUUUGUGAUAACAAUAACAACCAAAAAAUGAAUUCCAUGAAUAAACUUAUUGAAAAAGGAGUCAAAAAUAUCGAGAUGGAAAGUGUGUAUUUCGCUGCUAUCACAUAUCGAGCCAAAAUCCCUGGUGCAAUUUGUUGUGUUGCCCUAGUCAACCGAUUUGAGGAAAAUAUUAUAAAAAUGUCAAAAGAAUUUCAUGAGGAAGCAGAAAUGCGUCCAUUCAAAAUUAUUUCUGAAUAUAUUUACAGGAAAUUAAAUUUAAAAAAUGGAAAAGAAGAGGAGGAGAAUAACAUAUCUUUAUAAUUUGUAUAAAUUUUUGUUUCCCUCAUUCCGAGCCCAAUGUACCGCGGGCUAUAAUUUCUUUCAAAGUGGUCAAAUCCGGCGAUGCGUCCUUAUGAGAUGAAUUAAAUACCUGGGCGUUAUGAAGAAGAAUGGGCGUUAAAAGGAGAAGAAGAUGAACAUGAAGGUACAAAUAUUUUACGGAUUCGAUCACUUUGAAAGAAGUUAUAGCUCCGCAGUACAUUGGGGUGUCAUUCCGGUCCAAAUAGGAGGUUGAGUUAACUGAGGAAAUUAAAUCACAUUAAUGAUGGGAUAACUAAAAUAAGAGGUUGGCUGGUAUAAGUAAGAGAGGAAUAAGUUUUAUGCUUCGUUUUCAAAACGUAUUUUUCUAAAAUAACCCCCCCCCCCCAUAGAGGCCUUUCGAAA